UAAAGAGAGCAGCACUGCAAACUUGGAAAAUUCUCGCAAGUCAUAUUUUCAAAACCGCGAAGCGCGUACUUAUGCAUUUUGGGGUUAGUUUGACAGAAACGCGAACGCUCGAUAGUUUUGUAUCAUUGCGAUCACGACAGUACACGAGCCCUCGUUGUUUUAUCAACAAUUUAUUUAUUGUCCUAAUUUCUCGAAUUAUUCUUGUGUUGGGUUUUGGAGCUGUAGUUGUAGUUUAUCGGCUUUUUCAGCCGUGAGAAAACUGCAAACUGCGUGUUGUUUUCUGGGUUUAACGCAACUGCCGGCAGAAGAGAAGAUUCGACGUUGAACAACAGUUCUUUUGAACCUGGUUGCUUGGAUCUUCUUGAACCUUGAUUGGUAGAAUUGCGCUUGGACGCGUCUGGACGACGUCGGUGACCAAAUGAUUCAAAAACAUCUAUUUAGGACGUCGGAACCAGGAUAACAAGAUAGUGACUGAGCCUCUCACUGACUGAUUGUUUUCCCAAGAUUGCCGCUUUGGCGUUUCGCCGUGACGAAGAUGCUUCCUCGCCCAGGAAUAAUAGUCAUUUCCAGUGUUUUUCUCAUAGUAUUGGCUGGCGUGCGCUGCGGAAAGAUACCCCUGAAAGCCGACGAUGAUGUGCAGAAUAAUAUGCAGGAUCCCAGAGACAGAUCGCCCGGUUGUGUAUUUGAUGGUCACACGUACGAGCUAGAAGAUACUUGGCAUCCAGAUUUAGGACCUCCGUUUGGUGUUAUGUUUUGUGUGAAGUGCGAAUGCAUUGCGAUGCCACGAAAGGGACAAAUUAUUGGGAAAGUUCGCUGCCGGAACUUCAAGCAUGAAUGCCCGAAACCCGAUUGCCCAGAACCGGUUCUCUUGCCCAAUCAGUGCUGCAAAGUCUGUCCCCGUGAUACCAGUGGCGGCUCCAGGGCGGUUGCCGUUCGUCCAGAAGGCGACGGAGCCCCGGACGUCCCGAGAUCGGCAGAAUAUCUGGCAGUGCUGGGCAAUCCUGUCAACCGACACGCCGCACGUGCUGUCUUCCAUUUUGAAUCGGCGGCCAUACAUUAUACGCUACAUUUCGCACCAGGAUUUCAACCGAACGCCGUCAUAUUCCAAGAUGAAACCGGCAACGCUGUGUUUACUCAACCAAUUGAGGAAGGUCGAAUCAGUGCCAGAAAGUACUGUGGCGUGUGGGAUCGGAUUCCGCGGAUGUUCCGUCGCACGUUGGCGAAGGAGACGAUGCAGAUUGCCUUAACUACUCGCGAUGAUCCCAGACCAGUCACUAAAGGAAGUAUCAUCUUGAAACGUCAAACUCAAGAAGAAACGUACAGUGCUUUGUUGUUGCCGCGCGAUCCCCGGAAAUACGGAAUGGCUGCCAUUGCGUCCAUUGCUGUCGGUGCUGAUGGAACGUCGCUGGAGUAUUCAGUCUUUAUUCACGGCUUAACGAACCUUCGAAAAGAUGUCAAGCAAAUUGCCACUGUCAUUCUGGAACGACCCGAAGACCGUGUCGUCAUAAAAGAAGCGGCAAGUGCCAUUGCGCCCAAAGCAUUCGAAGUAUCUGGCCGGAUGGCGGAUUUGAAUUUGAAUAGUCAUGAAAUGAUAAGAUGGUUGGCCCGUGGUAAACUGGCCCUCAGUCUGCGCCUUUCCAGUGCCGCUGAUGUUGACCUUGUCGGGAUAAUCCACACCAAGCCGACGUGCAACAUUUUCCAGGCUGUGCUGUAUGACAGCAGUCGCAGUAAACCGGAAAUGCCGGGAGCCGGAGUAGCGCUGUUGGAACUCAAGCCAGACGGCACGGUCGGCUAUCGAGUGCAUCUCCAAAGGUUUCCAGGCCGUCCGACCCAAAUGACACUAGAGACGAAUCCGCGCAAAGGACGCCGUCGAGUUAUCGAUGACCUUGCUGGAUCGUUCGUUUCCGGUUGGGUGAACGGGACGUAUACUAAACAAAUUCCCAAAGAUAUCCAAAGUCUGCUUGCCGACGAUCUUGUAAUCAGCAUUGUUAACGAAAAUUCUGGCGCGCGCAUGCAAGGACAAAUAAAGCAGCUCCUGUUUGAAGAAGUCUAUACACGAAUGUUCCCUAACAUAAUAGCGGAGAAUCCAUCAGCAUCGUUUAUGCGGGAUGUCAGCGGAAGUGCUGUGGCCUGGCUACGACUGGACGAGAAUUGCAUCCUGAAUUAUCACAUCUUUAUCGAUGGAUAUGCCGAUGCUUAUGUUAAAAAGCUGCAGACAACCAUGACCUAUAUGUACGAUCAGUACGGAAGCCAUAUUCGAAAACAGUCACAACUGGACAACUUCAAGAAAAAUAAGUUGAUGGGCCGAGUGAAGAAUCUGAAAAAUGAUGUUUUAAUGGGGAUGCCAAAUGGUACUAUCGAAAUUCUGAUAACCGCGAAGGAUGAAGUGGAGCCUCGUCUGCGGGGAUAUGUAAAAAUAGUUGACGACUGCUCUAGUCGACACAAAUUCAACGGCUUUGUUAUGGAAGACCCGGCCAAUACCGUGGUCCCGACCUAUACGUGUCAGUAUCGCGAAAAAAACUACGAAGACGGGAGCAGCUGGAAAUCUGAGCACAAAGAAUGCACAAUGUGCAGCUGCCAACGUGGUAAAAUUGUCUGCGAGGAAGUGGUGUGCCCAAAGGUCACCUGUCGCAAUCCCGUCAAAGUGGAGGGCGAAUGCUGCAUGUCGUGUCCGCCGGUGCAUUUCCCGGCGAAAAUGAUUGCAACGGCUGCGGGAUCGAUCGCAAUGGCUGGUCAAACAAACAGCACAGUGGCCGGGUGUUACUUGGACAAAAAGUGGCACAAACCGGGCUCUUCGUGGCAUCCCUAUGUUGUACCCUUUGGUCACUCGAAAUGCGCGGUGUGCACUUGCAUGCCCGGUACAAACAUUGUGAACUGUACCCGGAUCAGUUGCCCGGCACUCGCUUGUCCGGAGAGCGAAGCAUAUCGAGAGAAUCCAGCGGAUUGCUGUAAAAAAUGCCCUGAACUAGCCACUGUUGCUUCUGUGUCGACUUCUCCAAAUGACACUAUGGGAGAUGAGGGUGUAAUUACGCUACCGGAAGAUAUCUUGCGGGAUGGAGGAUGUCGUUUCCAGGCAGAAACAUACCGCAACGGAGCCGAAUGGCAUCCGCGUGUGCAACCUUUUGGUGUGAUGAAUUGUGUUCCAUGUCGUUGCAAGGAUGGUAAACCAUCGUGCAAGCCAAAAUGCCCGAGACUGACUUGUCCUUUCAUACGGAAAGAAGCCAACGAAUGCUGUCCUCGCUGCACAGAUCAGGACGAUCCCAAAGCGCGACCUAACCGCAGGCUAAGCAACAGUCGCCGACGGAAGCAGCGCACGAGAAGGCGCGAGUGAAGCACACCUGGUUCCGGGCUUUCUGCUGUUGUACGCGAAAUUCUGCUACUCUUCUAAGCUGAUCUGUGGAAGAGCAACGGCGGCGACGCCAACUCCUGCAGCUGAGCAAUGCGCCAAGUGAUCAAAUACUGGAGAAUAGUUUAACUAAUUAAUUAUUAACCAAAAAGCGUCGACUGUUUUUUUUGACAAAAUUGUGAAUCUCUCUACCUCUCUCAUUGGGGAUGGGGA